AUGAACGGCGACGCAUAUUCUUCCAGAGACUCCGGUCGCUCCAGGGAUCAUUACAGAGACGAAAGAAGAGAUCGAGGCGAACGCGAUAGAGGUGAAAGACGACGUUCGAGAUCGCCACAUCAUGGCCGCGGUUCACGUCGUGAAGCAGAAGCAGACUCAUAUUCGUCCAGUCGCGAUUACAGAGCUAGAGAACGCGAAGACCGAUAUUCUAGUCGACGGGAUGAGCGAGAAUGGGACAGAGAUCGAGGUGACCGCCGCCGCCGGGAGCAUGAUGAACGUCCACCACGUCGAGAACGAGGCGAUCGGGGCGAUCUCUUCGAGGACCGACCGCGCCGCCGAGAGCGUGAGGGACGGGAUAGGGAACGACGACGGAGCGCAACUCCUCCUAAAAAGAGGGAGCCGACUCCUGAUUUGACGAACGUCGUGUCUGUCUUGGAGCGAAAACGUCGCUUGACACAAUGGGACAUUAAGCCUCCGGGGUACGACAAUGUUACUGCUGAGCAAGCAAAGCUCUCGGGCAUGUUCCCUCUGCCAGGAGCACCUCGUCAGCAAGCAGUCGACCCAUCCCGUCUACAAGCACUUGUGAAUCAACCUGCGGCAGGAACUACCGAAAACUCUGCACUGCGACCAGCCAACUCUCGACAAGCCAAGCGCUUAUUCGCUCACAACCUUCCGCCCAACGUAACCGAAGCGGCUCUUGUCUCAUUCUUCAACUUGCAGCUCAACGGAUUGAACGUGAUUGAGGGCAUCGACCCAUGCGUCUCUGCCCAGAUUUCAAAGGAUCACUCGUUUGCGCUCUUGGAAUUCAAGGGCGCCAACGAAACUACUGUUGCACUUGCUUUGGACGGCAUCACGAUGGAAGAACACGAAUCAGCCGCUACGGCCAACGGUGGUGCUCGAGGCCUAGAGCUGCGUCGGCCCAAGGAUUACAUAGUUCCAUCUGUCCCAGAGGAUCAGCAGCCGCACCAGGAGAGCGUGAUUUCGAAUCAUGUCCCUGAUUCUCCCAACAAGCUAUGCAUAACCAAUAUUCCUCUCUAUAUCCCGGAAGAGCCAGUUACCAUGCUUUUGAAAUCUAUUGGCGAGUUGAAAGCCUUUGUGUUGGUCAAGGAUAGUGGAACAGAUGAAUCUAGGGGCAUUGCAUUCUGUGAAUACGUGGACGCUGCUUCAACAGCCAUUGCAGUGGAGAGUUUGAACGGCAUGGAAUUGGGUGAUAAACAUCUCAAGAUCACACAUGCUAGCAUCGGCGCCACCCAAGCAGCUGGCCUCGAUAUGGGCGUUAAUGCCAUGUCAAUGUUUGCCAAGACAACAUCUGCAGAUUUAGAGACCAGUCGUAUCCUCCAAUUGUUGAACAUGGUCACAGCGGAUGAACUAAUCAACAAUGAUGAUUACGAAGAAAUUCUCGAGGACGUACAGGAUGAAUGCAGCAAGUAUGGCCAAGUACUCGAUGUUAAGAUUCCGCGCCCAGCUGGCGGUAGUCGACAGUCCGCAGGAGUGGGCAAGAUAUACGUCAAGUUUGAUAGCGUGGAAUCAGCAACCAAUGCCUUGAAAGCACUUGCGGGACGAAAGUUUUCUGAUCGUACAGUUGUGACGACCUAUUUCCCAGAGGAGAGUUUUGAAGUAGAUGCAUGGUAAUGCAAUUUGAAAUGGUAUGAUAUGAUGUGGUCGUUUAGCAGAAGGUCAGUGAUUCGUGGUAAUUAGCGCGACAUACUCCAGAUGACGUUUAUGAGCUUCGGAACUCCAGAACUGGUCUCGGAUCAACACUCGCUUGCCUUCACUUUUGCCAUAUUAUAAAGUGUCUUGCUCUCGAUGGCCCGCUGGAAGAUUGUUGCUCUAA